AUGAACAAAACACAAGCAAAUCAACAAGAUUCAGUCAGUUCUACUGUUAAAGCAACACUAAAUUGUAUAUAUGAACGCAUACGUUCUGAAAUUUGUCGUAUGGAAUCAGUGGAACCAUCAACUUCACAUAUAUUCUUCGUCUUUGGUGCAUCUGGUGAUUUAGCUAAAAAGAAGAUUUAUCCAACACUUUGGUGGCUAUAUCGUGAUGGACUUUUACCAGAACGCAUUCGAUUUAUUGGCUAUGCACGUAGUUUAAUAACAAUUGAAAAAAUCUUUGAAAAUGCAGCUAAAUAUAUGAAAAUUCAGGAAGAUGAACGUGAAACAUAUGAAAAAUUUGUCCAAAUAAAUUCUUAUGUUGUUGGUUCAUAUGAUAAUGGAAAAGAUUUCGAAAAUUUAAAUAUUGAAGCUAAUAAAUUAUCAAACCAAGAUAGUGCACAUCGAAUUUUUUAUUUAGCAUUACCACCAAGUAUUUAUGAAAGUGUUACUGAAUUGAUUAGUAAACAUUGCCGACCAAAAUCACCUGGUUGGUUACGUUUAAUUGUUGAAAAACCAUUUGGUAAAGAUUUUGAAAGUUCAAAUAAAUUAUCUUCACAUUUAACUAAAUUUUUUACUGAAGAAGAAAUUUAUCGUAUUGAUCAUUAUUUGGGAAAAGAAAUGGUACAAAAUAUCAUUGUACUUAGAUUUGUAAAUCAAAUUUUAUCAAGAGUUUGGAAUAGAGAUUCUAUUGCAGCAGUUAAUAUUAUUUUUAAAGAAGAUAUUGGAACACAAGGAAGAGGAGGUUAUUUUGACGAAUUUGGAAUCAUUCGAGAUGUAAUACAAAAUCACUUAAUGCAAAUUUUAUCAAUUGUUGCCAUGGAAAAACCACAUUCAACAAAAGGUGAAGAUAUUCGUGAUGAAAAAGUAAAAGUAUUACGUUCUGUAUUACCAAUAAAAACUGAAAAUGUUAUCAUUGGACAAUAUUUUGGUGAUAAACAUUCAACAGAUCCUGAACAUCAACUAGGUUAUUUAGAUGACAAAGGCGUACCACAAAAUUCAACAACACCAACAUAUGCACAAGUUAUUCUCUCGAUUAAUAAUGAGCGUUGGGCUGGUAUACCAUUUAUUCUUCGUGCAGGUAAAGCAUUAAAUCAGAAAAAAACUGAAGUACGUAUUCAAUUUCAUGAUGCACCCGGUGGAAUGUUUGAUGAAGAUAUUCAUCCCAAUGAUCUAUCUGGUAGUGUAGCUCGUGAUGAACUUGUUAUACGUAUUCAACCAAAUGAAGCCAUUUAUCUUAAAAUAAAUACAAAACGACCCGGUGAAAUGAGUUUUAGUAUUGAAGAAACGGAAUUAGAUUUAACAUAUGGUGAGCGUUAUCAAGGGAUUAAAUUACCUGAUGCAUAUGAACGUUUAAUUCUUGAUGUAUUUAUGGGUUCAAAAAUAAAUUUUGUACGUUCAGAUGAAUUACAAGAAGCAUGGCGUAUUGUUGAUCCAAUACUUGCUGAGAUUGAUAAGAAAAAAAUACCAAUUAUUCCAUAUAAAUUUGGUAGUUAUGGAAUACCUGAAGCAUUUGAUGCAGCAGUUAAACAUGGUUAUAUUUUUCGAGGUACUUACGUUUGGAAAGAUGAACGAUCAGCAUCAACAAAAAAUGAAGAUAAAACAAAGGCUGAAAAUAAAAAAUGA